AUGGAGCCAAUCGACCCAGACUUGUCGGGUUUGUCUCCGCGUCCAAUUUCGACCUCCCCUGCAACUUCCUCUGCGCCGGAAUCCAUGCUCGCACCACCCGCUGCUCCACUUAUCCAGGCUUCAACAACUUUUGUGGCUGUGUUCUCUCAAGGAAUAGAGGUAGCCGAUGUCUCCGUCAUUCGCCCUGCAUCGUCUUCCCCUUCCGUACCACCAUCAACAGCUCCUGUUCCUGUCUCGGUACCAGCGGCUUCUGUGGCUUAUGGUAAGGGACUCGCAAAUAAGGAUAAGGUUGAUACUAUUCAUGGUCCCAUCCAAGUUCCUUCUCUUCAAGGUGCGUGGGCUAAGAAGUUGAACUCUACCGUAUCAACUUCUCGACAACCAUCUCGCAUUUCUGGAAUUACUCCAGAGUGGCCUUCAUUAUCUGUCUCACGACCUCAUAAUCACCAGAUUUCUGGAGAACUCACCAAUCCUCAAAAAAUUCACUUUCUUCUUGGGUGGUGUAAAAAAGAAUGA